AUGCCUCCGAAGGAUCGGUUGGAGAGUCUGCAGCUCCAGGUCCCUGAGCUGUUUGCGCACGUCAGCCUCAAGGGUUUCAAACGUUUGAUUUCCCAGGUCACGCAUGGCGAAGCCAAACGAGUCAAACAUGCCGGCGCAACCGGCAACGCUUUGCAUCACCGACAGCCGAACCACGCUCAAGAGCCUGGGGGAAGUUCGGGAGGUGUUAACACCCGACAGACCCCACACAAGGAAGAGGAAACAGACAUGCGGCCUGACAAUCUUGAAGAGGACGGGACAAGAGUCAGACCGGGAGGCAGCAAAAUUGUCAUUGGCGGUAGGACACUUGUAAUAGGCAUGGACAGUCCUCCACCUUCGGACAACUCACAGCUCAACCGCGACGCACGGAAACGGCUGCGAGUCGAGGCACACAAGAAAGACUCGAUCUCAAGGGGGACGACGCCAUCUUCAGGGUUAUUUUUGACGUCAGACGAAGCACACGGUGGAGGAGAGGGGGAGGGAGGAGGAGGACAAGGCCCCACAAAGGAGGGGGUUGCUGUGGUGUCGGGCGACGGGGAUGGAGUCAACACGGUCGCCGCAUCUGCAGAAGGGCGACAUCAACAACAACACGGGUUCAACGAUGCCAGCAUGGUGGAAUUGCGGUCGUCACCGGAGACAGACGCAGUCCAGGUCCAACGUGCUGCUGUAUCGCAAGGCGGUUUUGUGGACGAGCAGGACGGAUCAAUGCUACCGUCAUCUUCGAGACAGGACAAGUUUUCAAACGAGGGGGGAGGUCUCUCAGCGUGGGGUGCUGGAAAGCCUGUGACGGGGCUUGCCGACGUCGACAUUGCCUCCACGAUGAAUGGGUUGCUGGAGAGAGAGAUAUCGGAGGCGAUGCGAGAGGAGAGCGAUCGCUUGGGCCGAGAAAGGGCAGCGGUAAUCCGGGCCGCCAUGGAUCUCCUCUGGAAGGGGUAUUCCGAGCACGCCUGGGGUUACGACGAGGUGAAACCUUUGAGCAAGAAGGGAAACGACAAUUGGGGGGGCAUGGGGGUGACCCUGGUCGAUUCCCUGGAUACUCUUUGGCUCAUGGGACUCACCGAGGAGUUCUACAAUGGGAGGGACUGGGUUCGAGACCACCUGACGUUCAAUGAAGUCGGGAUGGUGAGCGUCUUUGAGACGACGAUAAGGGUGCUUGGGGGGCUGCUCUCCGCUUUUGAGCUGUCCAGAGACGAGGUGUUUCUGGAGCGCGCGAAGGACUUGGCGGAUAGACUUCUGCCAGCCUUUGGAACCUCUACCGGGAUCCCGUACAAACUGGUGAACCUUUCGAACGGGAAGACAGGCGGGGGCUCUUACAGCGUACUCUCCGAGUUGGGCACUCUUCAGGCGAUGCGUGCGUUCGACUUUCUGGCUGGAAGAACAGUGCCACACGGUCUUUACCCGAUUCGGAUUAACCCCAACACCGGAAAAUUCACUUCAUCCCAGGCAAGUGACCCCAGAAUAAAAAGAGUGAACAUAUCGCCAGACGUGCAAGUUACCUUUGGGGCCUUGGGAGACUCGUUUUACGAGUACCUGUUGAAGGUGUGGAUGCAGGGAGGCCGUCGAGAAGAGAGCUACCGCAGGAUGUACGAAGAUGCCAUGGACGGUGUAGCGGAGCUCCUCGUCCAGAAGGCCCGCGGACUGACGUACCUCAGCGAGUGGAACGGUACGAGGCGGCAGCAUCGGAUGGACCAUCUCGCGUGCUUCUUGGCGGGGAACCUGGCUCUCGGUGCCAUGACCUCACCAGACUCACGAGGGGCAGCGAGGGAUCUGAGGACUGGAAAGGCGAGUGUUGCCUUAGCGUACACCUGUUACCAGAUGUACCUCCGCACCGCCACCGGCCUCUCUCCCGAGGUUGUAGAGUUCAACGGAGCGGGAGACAUGAGGGCCCGCGACCAGGCUCGCUUCUACAUCCUCAGGCCCGAGACCCUGGAGAGCUUCUUCGUGCUGCACCAGCUCACCGGAGAUCCGGUGUACAGGGAGUGGGGUUGGGAGAUCUUCAGGCAUGUAGACUGUGUCUAUAUACAGGACAUGUUCAUGUUCCUGUUUCGACAGCCCAUUGUGUGA